AUGCCGACCUCCACGAAACUAGACGAGAACUGGACCAAAACCACAGAUGCUGGCGAGAGGAGGAGGAUACAGAACCGACUGGCUCAGAGGAAUUACAGAAAUAACAUCAAACAACGCCUGCGUCAACUUGAGCUCCUCAAUGCAGGCAAUCUCUCCCGGGAGGAGAAUAGUGAGGAUGAAGUUCUUCAGCAGCAGCAACAUAAUACUAUGGCCUACCCAGUUUCACAACCGCCAACAAGCAGGCCGGAUAAUAGUUGCUCCUGGCUCUCAAAUCAAAACGAAAUUUCGGUGACCGGUCAUGCAGAAAUCCAGAUGGAUAUGACUUCGCAAAUAGAGCCAAGUCAAUUUAUGUUUGGUUUAAGCACCCCCCACAGCACCAAAUUACCAUCUCCUCCCACUCAACCUCAACAAUACAACUAUUUUGCCAAUCCCUCUCCACCCCAAGAACAACAUCCAGCUCUUGCUUUCGACCGACAAUCUUUUAGUCAAGCAACACUCCCUCCAGGAAUACAGUCACAAUAUCAAAAUCGUCAGACGCCUACCGGGACCAAGUCUGAUCCCUCAACGCAAUCUAAUUUCGGUGUCGGUCUUAUCCCCACGAGUAACGGCACCAAAAAUAUUCCCGUGCCCCCGUAUCCUGCAGCGCCUGCGAGCGGCACACCCCUACACCACGCCGCCGCCAAUGGCCAUCUACACAUUGUACGGUUUCUAGUAUUAAAAGGCGCAAAUUUAACGGCCCGCAAUGAGUCAGGGCAGACGGUUUUACAUAUUGCCGCGGAACGGGGUCACGAGGGCGUCAUUGAACAUGCCCUGAAUCACGGCGAGGGUGGAGAUACGAAGGCAUUCAUCGACUGGGUCGAUGACGAGGGCUAUACGGCGCUCCAUCGAGCUGCGGCUGGCGGACACGAGGACUGUGUCCGAGUACUGGUCGAAGCGGGUGCUGAGAUAGAAAGUUCGAACAAGUCAGCGAUGCUGAUCUCCACUAUAUUUAGUAAACAGGAAUAG